GACCGGCUGUAGUCGAUGCUGGAACUUCGUACUGCGAGUGUCUGUGUUUGUUCUUUAAGUCUUAUCGUCGUAAAUUGGUACGCAAAUUAUAUUCGUGUACAUAUACAUAGGUACGAGUCAUAGAAUAGGUGAAGAGUCUCAUUUAUGUACGAUCAUCGUGAACAGGUGGACGUCGAGGUCGGUCGGUUUGCUGCGUGAAACGAGGUCCGAAUUCAAUAAGUAAAUUGUAGGAACAGGUCAUAAGACGUUCACCUCUGAAGGAGACGGAGGGGGAAGACCGAAGGGGUCGAACUAAUUUACCUCGUCCCUUGUCUAGUCCUGCUUCAGUCAGCUUUGCCCCUCGUACAAAGCAUCAUCGUGUCUCUAUCUUUAAUUAUUCCACACCUGUAUCUUCUGCCUUCUACGACAAUUAUUUUAUUUUGCCUGAAUGCGUUUGCUUGGUGAUCCAACGAACGACAUUGGCCGCUGGAAAAACUGGAACAGCCGUUGCCCAUAAGCAGCGUUACUUCAAGACCUUGCCAGUUUGUCCUUGUAACCGAAACACAUGUGCCAACUUCGCUCUUAAACCACGCAUCGUCCAACUAUCAUCCCUGUGUUUCUUGCGGUCGCGUUCGACCGCACGAGGGUGGGAAAGAAUAGAAAGAGUAAGAAGUUUUCUCUCGUGUAGCUAGAUUAUACAAUGGAGAAGAGAGCUUGGUUGAUCGACAGAUCGAAUUUGGUGAAUCGAUAAAGUUAUCCGACACGUUCUUCUCUGGCUAACGAGUACGUCGUCGAGGAUAACAACGAGACAAACGGGUGAACGAAUGUGCAAAGCGACAGAACGAGAGAAUGUACGUCUGGCAGCUUUGGACAUGGGAUAGAUGAUAGAUUGGGAAUGAUGGGGUGGUAGAGCGAACAAGAAACGCAAAAUGGAUUGGGUGCCUCGGCUCAGGUAGCCAGAGACGACAAGGUCGAGGGCUCCAGGGCGGAUAGGCCCCGAGCUGUUUAAUAAAACUUCCCUUCUCUUUCUCUAUGCAUUCGGUCGAAUAACGGGAACACAUUUCCCCAUCAGUGUUGUCGGUGAGAGUAUUACUUCCGAAAGACUGCUUUUCCUUUUCUGCCAUCUGCCGAUCGACGUUGUGCAAAAAGACUGAAUUUAAUAAUUAAUAAUCAACCAAGGAAUUUAAACCGAUUGAUCUAUGCAUCGGAUCCCGGUGGAUUUGUUCAAAGAAGAAGAAGAAGAAGAAGAAGAAGAAGAAGAAGGAGAAGGAGACCAAUACGAAUUUACUGGUGAUCACUGGUCCAACGGAACGUUAGCGUUUGACUCACGAAAAGACUGAACGCACGUUGAUUCAUUAUUCGAAGAGAAAAAGGAGAUCCGCAUAUCGCGUUCUAUAGGAAUCUGUUUUCAUUUAUCGCGCUACACAUACAUAUCUUUCGGGAUCUCACGUAAAUGUUGUACAUACAUACCUAUCUACACGUUGUACACACAGACAGCUUGUCACACCAUCUAUACGAGCUUUAAGAAAUUUCUGACGAACGUAUAUACAAAGUGGCGUACGCGUCUCGUUGCGCGAAUUUUCGACUAUUAUAUAUAUUGGAAAUAUGUCGCGUAUAUAUACAUGCGUGUAGAAACAGAAUAUAUAUAAUAUAUAUAUAUAUGUACACAUGUAAAAAAAAACUCUUUCGCUGCCUAAUAGAAGUAUUCGCUGAUGAAGUGUUGUGUGCGAUUCGGUAAAAGAACAAAUAGGCAAGCCGUAUCGUUGUACCUAUUCUUUUUUUCUAUAAAGAGAAUUAACGUUAGAAAAAUGUUUAAUUUAAAGGAAGAAAUGUUCGUUCGUACUUUAUUUAUCUAACGGGACUCUUAUCAAUUUAUCGAGGAUAUUAUUGACAGCGCGCAAAGAACAAUUAGAAAAGGAAAGUAUUUAGAAUCAGUGAGAAGUGUAGUCGAAGUGUGAUCGCUGCCAGCAACAAAGCAGGAUGGGUUGUGGACAGAGCAAAAUCGGUAAUAUCUAUCCGAAGAAUAAGAAGAACAAAAACAAUACCGGCAAGAAAAACGGAGAUUCUGUCGGUUCUGCAUCUGUGGAACAGAAAAAUGGUAACGGUAGCACGAAGAACAACAAAACGAAUAACAAUGGGGUCGAGGUGAACAGAAACGAGGAACAAAAUGGUUCUGGCGAGGUCAAGAGCCAAGCCAAGAAGAAGCCGAACGCACCUGGGAGCGGUCCUCUGUUGCAACAAGCAGAGAUAUCCACCAGCCAACUCGACUUCUUCAAGAUGCUUGACGAGAAAAUCGAGAAUGGACCAGACUACGACGAAAGUCUGGACACAACAGCCAGAGCUGAACGAGUGUCGAAUCUUCUUCGUCAAUGGGAACUAGCAAGCGUAUCCUGGUCGAGCGUGUCCGAUUUGAACAACGCGUCCCCGUCCGCGAUGAAGAACCGUGGCUCAGGACUGAACGCGUCCCGGCAAAGUCUAAGCGCGAAGGACAGAGAAGGAAUGAGGAAUAUAGUCGGUGGUAGACCGGAGAGCGCACCUAUUUACAUGAGAAACGCGAAUCGCGUAGACGGUCUCCAAGAUACUCACUGCCCAUCGCCAAGUAUGCCGAGGCACGUGUUAGAGUCGAUCACCCAGAGUCCGACCCAGAGCUUAAAAAAUGUCACGCCGCCUGGAUCCUCUCCAACCGGUCUGCGUUAUCCCGAUAGUUAUAAGGAAUGCAACGCUAAUCAGACAACCGCGAAGUCCGUGAAGGUUCAUUACGGUGCUCAGAAUCCUGUGAAUGGAGAAUACGUGACACAACAGGCGCUCUAUCGCGAACAGUAUUUGCAACAAACCGGGAUAAUCACGGUACCUUCGCAAUAUUCGGCCGGUUCGCCUGGCGGCAAUGUCCUCAGGAACAAUCCAUACGUGCAACAAUAUCAGAUCAGCAAUCCGCAACACUUCACCACGUCGAGGAAACGAGGCUUCAACGCCGCCCAAAUGACGUGACCGGACUGGCAGUACACUACCAGAUAAGACUGACACAACACACACACCUACACAGACAUAUUUUGCGAAUCAAGAGAGAAAACGACGAGCAGGACUCCACGAGGAUCUCUCGGGUUCUUCGUCAAGAUGACUUUAUUCGCGUGAAUAGUAGAGGAGAGAGAGCCCGUCGAGGCUGGAGACUGACCAACAGACGGAGAAGAUACCACGGAUGUUUCUCUGCAUGUUCCUAAAGAUAUCGUACACAUUUUUUCGUUGCCAUUGGCGGAUGUUCAGCAAACAACAACCAUCUAACAGACAAAACACAAGUGCAAAAUACUUCGGUAUUGGCCUAAAUCAUUCUGCGAUCCAUUUAAAGAAGAAAACAAACAAGAUAUAGCACCGUCUUCGCGUAAAAUCUACAGUCUACAAAAUUCUUCUCUAUAAGUGCCAAAAUGCUACUAUACAUGUAAUAAUCAAUCUAAGUGAUCACGGGAAAAAUUGUGAGAGGGAGAGAGAGAGAGGGGGGGAGAGAGAGCGAGAGAGCAAGAGAGAGAGAGAGAGAGAGAGAUUAUCCGUUGAACCAAUACUCCGUUCUUUGUAAUUCAUGUAAAUGAAACUUUUUCAAUGUAUAUACAAUAUAUAUAUGUAUAUUAUAUAUGUGUACAUUAUAUGUAUAUAUAUACAUAUAUAUAUAUAUUUUCGUUUAUUCUUGUUUCUUUUUUUUUUAUCGGUAGCAUGUCUACGUACCAUUGGUAAAUGUAAAUUUCUAUAAGGGAAAAAGAGAAACAAAAUGAAAAAAAAAAAAGAAAAAUAUAUAUAAAAGAAUAACACGCGCGAUCGCGAAUUUCGCUAUAGCGUUUUGUAUAAUUGUGUAUUAGCAACGUAUUCCGAGAUAUAUAUACUUCGCAUAUACGUGUGUAUGCAUUUAUGUAUGUAUCUGAGCUGACAGGAGAAAAGCAGAAUAUAGAAAAUGGGAAGAGCAGCUGAUGUAGGGUCUUACUUGUACCGUGUAUAGAUUCAUUGUAUGUAUUGUAUGGAUACAUUUAACUUACCGUGAUGAUUGUAUAUUUAUAUGUUGACCAUGUUUAAAGUUAACGAUAUAUAUAGUUGAUGAUGAGAGUUUUAUAUUUCAUGUUACAAAUAUGCUCUAUAUUGUGAAAUACACUUAAUCGAAAUCGCUGCAUCACCGUCGAACACUGACAACUAUAUUUUGUUCCGUUGAGCAAUUUUUUUUUUUUUUAUAAAUAAAUUCGUAAUUUUUCCCCAACAAUUAACGUAUAACCUAUUCGAAAGAUUUUGAUAUCAUUUGAGAAAACCCAGAAUAUAUAUUUUACCAAUUAAGUACACUUAAACGGAUCAAGGUUGUCGCUUAAAUAUUACGCGACUUUGAACGCUUCUUACGCAAAAACUUUACAAACUUAUCGACAAAAUAAGGAGGAAGAGGGAAGAAGGAUGAAGUUAUAUGCGUUGAUCGAUAUAUAAAUUCUUGUAUAAAAUGGAAACUACGAUUUUUAAUUCCUCUAAAGAGAGUGGCAAGCAGUUCGAUUAAACACCCGACUAACGUGAUUUAAUUAUCCCGAAAUAUCUAUGCUACGAUACAAAUCUAGAUGCAUUUAUUUUGCAGCAUGUAAUUUUAAUCUGAUUUCAACAUCAAUUUAAAAAAAAAUCGAAUUUAAGCAACAAGCGUGCAUACAAAUUUUAAUUGCGUACUUCGUCGAUCGUAGUCCAACGUUUAUGGUUUGACGUAAUAUCUUUUUCCUUUUUAAUUUGGCUGUCUUAUACGGGAAAGGUAUCGUAAAAGUAAUGUUCGAAUUAAAUUGAAGUGUAUUUAAAUUAUAAUUGAAUUUAAAUUUAAUCAAAUUUAAAUGUUCAAAUUUUCAUUCGAGCGCUUUGUAAUGUGAUUUCUCUUUUUGGCUUUGUGAAUUAAACGGUACUUUUCGAAAGUACUUUUGAUCGCGAUCUAAUCCGGGAACAAUUUCGUGUGGAAUCAAUAUAUUUUACGUACCUUCGUAAGUAUAAUAAUUAGUAGAUAGCGCGUAAAGUAUGUAUAUUGGGUUGAUAUUGGAAAAUACAAAAUAAGAAGCUUACUUUUCUUUAUUGUAUCACACUUUCAGGCGUUUUAGAAAGAAUUUACCGUAUUUAAUCAUAGCCGAUAAUAUCGGCCACGACUUGGCUGAUAAUGUUGUGUCAUCAGCGCUAAAGUGAGCGUAGUGCGAACUAUAUUAAGUACGUCAGUCCUGUGCUUUUCUAUAUAAAUACAUAUUUCAGUUUCCAAACUGUGAAGUGAAGUAUAUCUGUCAAACACGAGUUAUACUGAAAGGAUUGAGCAUAAUAGAAUACUUCAUAGAAUACGUUAUGAACGAGGUUAGUGUUUUGGAGGAUUACCGUUUAUAUAUAAACAAUACUGAGAUCAGUGUAUCCUGUUAUGUAUAAAAAAUAUAAUUAUAACCCUUCUGGGUGUGGCAUAAAAUACAGAAAAUUUUGUUUA